AUGUCGCUUCAUCAGUCAUUAGCUGCUACAUUGCUGCUCUUUGAAAUCGCUGUGGUCUACGCAGUGGGCCUUGCAAUCUACAGGGUUUACUUUCACCCUCUUCGCAAGAUACCCGGACCGAAACAUUAUGCCGUAUCUGGACUCCCCUUGGCCAUCGAGAACUCGUUCAGAGGUCUUUUUACCAAAAAGGUUCUCCGCUUUCAUGAGAAGUAUGGCGACAUCGUUCGUACAGGGCCAAACCAUGUUUCAAUGAACGGAACCAUUGGAUGGCCUGAAGUUUUCGGCCAUAGUCGCGGCGGACGACCUGAAUUUUCCCACUGGCAUGACUUUUACCAGAUUGGGGACAAGUCGCACCAGUCUCUUUUCCCUGCUGAUAGAGAGAGCCACCGACGCCAACGCCGUCUCCUGGCACAUGCCUUCUCUGAUGCUGCCAUCAAGGAGCAGGAAGCGUUGAUCAAGCAGUAUGUUGACAAGCUCUUUGUGCAGUUACGCAAAGAGGCUGCGAAAAAAGAACCGGUUGAUAUGCUCAAGUGGUACAAUUUCACGACUUUCGACAUCAUUGGGGACCUAGUCUUUGGGGAACCGUUCCAUUGUCUGGACAACAGUGAUUAUCAUCCAUGGAUUGCCAUGAUCUUCGCGGGCAUCAGAGCUGGCUCUGGGAUGAUGGCUCUACUGAAGAUGCCUUUGCUUCGUUGGGCUCUCCCACUACUGGUGUCCAAAGAAGACAUCCAAAGGCGAAAUGAACACAAGGCGAUGAGUAAAGUAAAAACCGAGCGGAGAACAGCACUUGGCCCUACGCCCGAUGGCCGAAAAGACAUCAUGACUUACAUCCUUCGUCACAACGAUGAGAAGGGCAUGAGCCAUGAGGAGAUCUUAGGAAAUUCGGACGCUUUGAUUGUAGCUGGUAGCGAGACUACAGCGACCGCGCUCUCUGGCUUGACCUACUGGAUAACUACCAACCCGCAAGCUUUGAAAAAUGUUCAGGAAGAGGUCAGAGCAGCCUUCAGAUCCGAGGAGGAUAUCACCAUGGUGUCUACUGGGCAGCUCAAAUAUCUGAAUGCCUGUCUCGAGGAGGCUAUGCGGAUGUAUCCACCUGUUGUAGAGACGCCCCCGCGUAUCUCUCCAGGGGAGUACGUCAACGGCCACUACAUUGCUCAAGGUACUUUCAUAACGAUCCACCAAUGGGCUGUUCACCAUAACCCCAACAAUUUCGCUCAGCCAGAUACCUUCAAGCCUGAGAGAUGGCUAAGCCCCGAUCAUCCUUUGUACGACCCGCAGUUUAGCGCAGACAAGAAAGGGGCUUUCCAGCCCUUUUCUUUUGGCCCACGAAAUUGCAUCGGCAAGAACCUCGCAUACGCUGAGCUUCGACUCAUCGCUUCUAGGUUCUUCUGGAACUUCGACAUCGCACUGCACCCCGAAAGCAAUAACUGGCCAGAUCAGCAGAGAGUGUUUACUCUGUGGGAAAAGAUCCCGCUGAUGCAAGUCAUUUUGAUGAAGAUGUCACCUUUGCGUCGAAAGUUCGCACUCACGGCAUUCUGCUUAUUGAGUGGACAAGCUGCAUUCGCAGCAUCGCUCCUCAACCUGCAGGAUCUGAUAGUCGAUCUAGGCUAUGGCGUCUACCGGGGCGCUUACAACUCAACUACACAUCUCGAUAUUUGGAAAGGCAUUCGCUACGCAGCACCCCCAGUUGGUGACCUUCGCUGGCGAGCACCAGCGGCCCCUGUUGUCUCUUCAAGUGACAUAGUGGACGCUAUCGAAUUUGCACCAGGAUGUCCUCAAGCCGCUCCUGCGCCAUUUCCAGUUAUUCCGGCACCAUCGGGUAGUGAAGAUUGCUUGUUUCUCAACGUGUAUGCGCCUAGGCGCAAGGAGAAAGCUAAGCUUCCAGUGCUUGUUUGGAUCCAUGGUGGUGGUUACGGGUUUGGAAACGGGCAGCAGGACAUGACUGAGAUCAUCAACGAUAAUGGAAACAGUUUUGUUGCUGUCUCUAUCCAAUAUAGACUCGGUGCCUUCGGGUUUCUCUCGUCCACUGAGAUCCAGCAGGAUGGCUCUCUCAACGCCGGUAUCCUCGAUAUGUCUUUCGCCCUGCAAUGGGUGCAGGAUCACAUUGAUCAAUUUGGAGGUGACAAGUCGCGAGUCACUGUUGCUGGUCAAAGUGCUGGUGCCGGUGGUGUGAUGCUACUUGGUAUCGCGAAGAAUGGCGCCCUAGGUACUUCGCUAUUCAGCAACAUUAUCGCUGCCUCGCCCUAUCUUCCACCACAGCACAAAUUUGAUGCUUCAGCCCCAACACGACAGUAUGAGAGCUUUUUCACUCGGGCUGGAUGUGCGAACUCUACCGAGACGCUAUCCUGUCUGCGCAGCAAGGAUUCCAUCACACUGCAGACCGCAAACUCAAACGUGAACGCUGCCAAUUCUUAUGGUCAUUGGGCAUUCGCUCCCGUUACAGAACCAGAAUCUGGCUUCAUCAACACUCAUCCAAGUGACUCCCUUGCAGCAGGACUCGUCAAUGGAGAGAACAUCCUCGUCGGCAACAAUGCGAACGAAGGUCCCCUCCUCGUCCCCACCAUUGAUAGUACCAGUGCACUUCAAGCAUGGAUGCAAGGUGCUUUCCCUUCAGUUACCUCAACAGAAUUCGAAGCCAUCCUCGCCGCCUAUCCGCUAUCGAAUCUGACAAAUAACGAUACAUUCGCAACCACAGGCUUCGGCCCAGUGACAGCCCUGACUACUAGCUUAUUCGCCUCAGGCAUACAACAGCGUGCAUAUAAUAUCUACGCCGAAGCGACCUUCGUGUGUCCGUCAUACUGGCUCAGUGGCGCCUUUACAACAAACAAUCGCACCGCAUUCCACUACCAGUACUCUGUACCUGGCGCGCUACAUGGCAGCGAUGUGACCGCGUAUUUCGGCCCUGCAACGCCUAGCCAGCCACGUUCCUUCACUACUGUUUUCAGACAGAUCUGGGGCCAAUUUGUCACGGCAGCGAACCCGGCUACUGCAAAGGGUCUCACGAAUCUCACAUGGCCGACAUGGGAAAAAGACGGACAUGGCAAGAUGCUCAAUCUCAACAUCACAGGCGGUGUGCCUUCCUCUGCUCCACAAUUGACAGGAACUACUAUCACAGAGUAUACAGACCCUGGGCUGCAAAAUCAUUUUACCGUUAUCAACGCGCUAGAGUGGGAAGGCAAUAGAGGUGCGAGAUGUGAGCUGUGGAGAAGUAUUGCUAGUAAGGAUGUGGAGAGGAAUUGA